AUGAUCAGGAAGCUUCUCGCGUUAGCAUCUGAGGGUGAAGAUUUGUCCAAGGUGGAAGCCUCAGCUCGCCUGACAGAGCUGGCGAAGCAAGCAGAGCAGCGAUGUGCUUCGGCCCAUCCAACGCCUGCUGCGCCAGCUGAGGCGCUAACUAUGCAAGCAGAUGUUGGGAAGCCUUUCUUUAAGGUUCAGCAAGUGGCAGAAGCUCGGAUGGCUAUCCAAGCCUUGACUGCCGCCAUCGCUGAAGCCGCUAAGAAAGCUUCAGGAGGUCAGCAGGCUUUGCAGAUGCACGUGAAGUUCGUGCAUCCUGUAGGCAAUGCAGCGCAGCUUCGGGCUAAGAUCGAGGCAUUCAACGGGGCUCCGGGGCCUAAGGUGGUUGUGCAGCCAUUGGACGAGGAAACAUGGCUGAAGCCUUCGGCCUCAACUUGGUUUGCCGAGAAGAAAGGAGAUGCUCGGAAUUGUGUAUUUCGGCUCAACAUCCCGAGUGAGGGUGCCUCCCGUAAGGCUCAGGUCAUCUCUUUUCAAGUUGUUGUAGGAAGCCGUGAGUUGACUGUAAAGUCCUCUAAGGCUCUCUGCUCAAAAUUUGCCGGCAACCUUGUCAUGCAGUUUGGCCCUCACUCGAAUGUUAGCGUGCCUAAAGUUGCGUCUGUUGGUAUUGAUCUCGAUGCGUUCCGGGGCACAAGCGCCUGA